AUGGGUCGUUUUCCAGCUCUUUCUUCAAUAUACAUAUGUGGUAUCCUGUACUUCUCGGGCAGUGAUGCUUUUACACAACACAGUCUUCAGUCUUCUGGUGCAGUAGCUCAACGUCGUCUGAGCCCCUUGUUCUCAGAAAAUUAUUCCAUUGAGUCCGACACUUCUGGACCGAAUGGUGCCAAAGUCCACCGUUUGAUCAUCAACAAAUUGCCCGGCCAAGAUGAAGAAGACGCUCAGCCCGUUAUCAUUGAGACUGGCAAGAUCGGUCGUCAGGCGGCUGGUGCCGUCACGGUGAACAAAGGAGACACUUCCCUUUAUGCCACGGCGGCUCGAGAUGCCGAACCACGCGCUGGAUUGGAUUUUUUGCCUUUGAGUGUGGACCAUCAAGAACGAUUCAGUUCUGCAGGUAUCACUUCGGGAUCUUACAACAAGCGGGAUGGACGUCCUGCCGAACACGAAGUCUUGACUUGUCGUUUGAUUGAUCGACCCCUACGUCCUUUGAUUUCCGAUGGAUGGAGGCAUGAGACUCAAUUGUUGAGUUGGGUUCUCAGUUACGAUGGAGUUCGUAGCUGUGAUCCUCUUGCCAUUACUGCUUCGUCCACUGCUUUGUACAUUAGUGACGUUCCAUUGCACAAGCCUGUGGCUGCUGUUAUGGUAGGAUACAACAAAGAAGAAGACAAGCUCAUGUUGAACCCCACUCACAAACAAAUGGAAACGUCGCAACUCCAACUCAUUGUGGCUGGAACCAAGGAUGCUGUCCUCAUGAUUGAAGGUGCUGCUGAUUUCUUGCCCGAAGAAACCAUGGUCCGAGCUGUCGAAUUCGGACACAAGGCCAUCGCAGUCAUUGCUACUGCCGUCGAAGAGUUUGGAGAGACCAUUGGAAUCACCAAGAAGAUGGACACCCUCAUCAUCCCACCACCAGAGUUGCAGGAGAAGGUUGACACUAUGAUGACCGAAAAGGUCGAUGCCAUGUACGCUGCCGGAGGAACCAAGACCACACAAGGUCCUGUGACGAAGGCACUCAAGAAAGAACUUGUUGCUGCUUUGGAAGAGGGCGAUGUCGAAUACGAGAAAAAUGAUGUCAGUAAUGCCUGGAAGGAUCUCCUUUGCCGCAGAAUGUACGAACGUGCUGCGACCACUGGAAAGCGUUGCGAUGGCCGAGACUUGGAAGAGAUUCGUCACUUGUCCAUGGAAGCUGGCUUUUUGCCCCGAGUUCAUGGUUCUGCCCUUUUUACUCGUGGAGAAACACAAGCUAUUGCCACGACUACGCUGGGAGAUGCCGGCAUGAAACAGAAGAUUGACAAGAUUGACGGUACAGAGGCAAAGAGAUUCUACUUGCAAUACACUUUCCCUCCAAGUUGUGUCGGUGAGACUGGGCGAACUGGGGCACCUGGAAGACGCGAAAUUGGACACGGAAACCUUGCCGAACGUGCCUUGGCCCCAACCCUGCCAUCCGAGGAAGAAUUCCCUUAUACCAUUCGUGUCGAAUCACUCAUCACUGAGUCACAUGGAUCUUCUUCCAUGGCCAGUGUUUGCGGUGGUUGCUUGUCAUUGAUGGACGCUGGUGUUCCAAUCAAGAGCCCCGUUGCUGGAAUUGCCAUGGGUAUGUUGCUUGGUGACAAGGGGGGUGUAUCAGAUGACAAUGCCGUUAUUCUUUCCGAUAUUCUUGGAACUGAAGAUGCUUUGGGUACCAUGGAUUUCAAGGUUGCUGGAGACAGAGAAGGAAUCACCACGUUCCAGUUGGAUAUCAAGUGCGAAGGUUUGUCAUUGGAUACCAUGAAGAAGGCUUUGGAACAGGCACGUACGGGUCGUCUCCACAUCCUUGACGCUAUGGAAGGAGUUCUUGGGUCAGCCAGAGAGACUCUUCCAGAUACUGUUCCAAAGAUGUAUGGAUUCUCGAUUCCAUUUGACUCUAUCGGCAAGGUGAUUGGACCCGGCGGAAAGCAAAUCCGAGCUAUCAUUGAGGACUUUGAAUUGGAAAAUAUGAAUGUUAACGACCAAGGUCAAGUCCAAGUUUCAGGCUUCAAGCAAGAAAAGCUUAAAGAAGCAGAGGAGUUUGUCAAGGGAUUGCUCGCUGCUGGAGGUGGUCGAGGAGGAGGAGGAAAGGGGGGUGGCAAGGACCGGCCCCAAUAUGCCGGACCCGAUCCAGUAGAAGGACAAGUAUACAGUGGAAAGAUCACUGGAAUCCACAAUUUUGGAGUUUUUGUCGAAAUCUUGCCAGGAGCCGAAGAUGGGUCCACCCCAGGAUUGGAAGGUCUCUGCCACGUUUCCGAGCUUGCCAGGGAUCGUGUUCGAAACUGCGAAGGCUUCGUCAAGAGUUUGGGUGUCGAGGAGCUCGAAGUCAUGUACAUGGGUAAGCAGGAUAACGGUAAAGUGUCACUGAGUCGAAAGAAGGCUCUCGACGCCAAGAUGGGUGCUGGGACUCCUCCUCCUCCCAAGGAGGAACCAACAAAAAUGUCAAACGAGGAGCUUGAUGUGAUUGCCUCGGCCAUUGAGAGUUUAUCAGAAUAA